AUGAAAUUCUUGAAAAGUUGUCGGUCUUUAAUAAAGAAACUAGAAAGAAAUACGCACAAGCAGAACGCGUUUAUAAUUUCAUCCGUCAGAUAUUUCAACACAGAUUCCACAGAAAAGAAAUACAUUCCCAGGAGAAGUUUAAUGUAUAUUCCUGGUCAUGAUAUAAAGAAACUACAGAAAGUACCAAAGCUGAAUACUGAUUGUGCCGUUCUGGAGUGUGAAGAUGGUGUAGCUUUAAAUAUGAAGGCCCAGGCCAGAGAAAACGUAUGUAAAGUGUUAGAUACAAUGGAGUUUGGUAUUACAGAUAUAGCUGUAAGAAUAAAUUCUGUCUCGAGUGGUCUUUAUCAGGAUGAUCUAAAUGUUAUUCUUUCUGCUACAAACCUCCCACAAACUAUCCUUUUACCUAAAGUUGACUAUGUUGAAGAACUGCAAAUGUUUACAAAUCAAUUUCAAGCCGUGCUAAAAGAUAAGAAUAUUAAAAACUAUCAACCUUAUUUGAUAACGUAUGUUGAGAGUGCAAUUGGUAUAAUGAAUCUAAGAGACACCUUGAACGCAGCUACACAACACACCAAGGAAGGGAUUUACCACAUUGAUGGCGUUGUGUUUGGUUCAGAUGACUUUUGUGCAGAUAUAGGUGCAACUAGAAGUUCUGAAGGAUCUGAAAUCAUGUUCGCAAGGCAACAGGUAGUAAUGACAGCCAAAGCUUACAAAUUACAAGCUAUUGAUAUGGUAUCUAUAGAUCUUAAAGAUAUGGAAUCAUUAAAGAGACAGUCGUUAGAAGGAGCUCGAAUGGGGUAUACUGGAAAACAGAUUAUACAUCCCAAUCAAGUGCCAGUGGUAAAUGAAGCUUUCACGCCAAGUACAGAUAAAAUAGAAUGGGCAACAGAACUAAUACAGGCUUUUGAACAUCAUCAAGAAACGGGAAAGGGAGCAUUUACUUUUCAAGGUCAUAUGAUUGAUAUGCCGUUAUUACUGCAGGCGAAAAAUAUCUUGCAACUAGUAAGGAUCUUACAAAGAUCAACCUAUAAAUAG